AGGCGUGCUCGCGCGCCCACACGAGUUUCCUCUCCUUGUGCUUCAUUUGUUUUCCUCAUUUUCAACUCCCCUUUAUACGUUGUGUGAGUUGGGUUGGAAGCUAGCAAAUCGGCUAAUUGUUUUUGCUCUAUCUUGGGGGUUUUUGCGUUAAAAUUUCGCUUUCUCAUUUGCUUUUGGCUGAACACCCAGCAGGACCCAGCGGGUAAAGCUUGUUGUCUAGCUAGCUAAUUGUUCUGAAGCCACGCUGUUCCAUCAUCAGUUCCUCCUACCAGGUGAGCGAGGUGCACUACCGUGUAAAGGUGCGUCGUAAAUGUAUGUCCAUGGAAAAGUUGUUUUGCAAGCUCGAUAGAAAAUAAAAGAAAGAAGAAAACGCAGACCUAGAGGAACCACUACAGAUGUAGUCGCUCGACAGCCAGCAGUCAUGUCCAUCGAAUACACCAUCGAUAUCCAGCUAACAGAGCUGGGGUAUUCGGACAUCCUACAGCCGCGCGAGACCUCGGUUAGAGAGACGCCCUGUCGCUCCACGUCACCUGAUGGCUCAUUUGUACCCAGUCCCUCUCCCACUUCACUUUCAACCACACGUGUUCAGAGACGACUGGUCAGAGGCCAGCAGUCGGUUGAUGGUAAAGAAGCAGGUGCAGCAAAACAGACCUCACCUCUGUCAGAGACUUCUACACUCCAAAAUCCUCCACGAAGUCUACAAGAUGAACACGCUGUCGUAGGCACAGCGGCUCUUGAGAUGUCAGAGCCCAUGGUGACUGAUCCAGACCUUCCACAGCCAAUAACUGAACAGGAUGACAAUGUAAAGAAAGAUGUUGAUGACAGAGACGCUACACAAGAGGGUUCGACAGAGAUGCAGCAGGGUGUGGGGGAUGACUCUGAUGACAGUGAGGUUUCAGAGAUGUAUGAGGAAGAAGAGGUGGAUGAGGAAGAGGAUGAUGAUGAUGAUAAUGAGCAGGGACUAAACAAUGAGUCGAGUCAUUCAGGCGACCACCGCUGCAGUGUCUGUGAUCUCCAGCUGCCCUCCAAAUUCAAGCUCCAGGACCACAUGAAUCUGCACACUGGAGCACGCCCGUACUGCUGUGCUGAAUGUGGAAAGCGUUUCUGCCAGAUCUACAGCUACCGUGUCCACCUGCGCACGCACGCCCAGACCAAAGUGGAUCGUCCCCUGUGCCGCGUAUGUCUGAUGGUCUUUGCGUCAAAGGAAGAGUUGAAACGCCACCUUUCAAUAACUCACCUUGAGAAAGAGUUUUACGAGUGCGACCUGUGCAAACGUGUUUUUACUUCCCUGAAGGAGUGUGAACACCAUGUGCAGUUACACAGAUGUAGGCUGGAUGUCGUAUGCAAGGUAUGUGGCCGCAAUUUCUCCUCUCCAAAAGCUCUUGCGCGCCACCGGAGGAAGACGUGCCAUCACGUUCUUAAAUGCACAGACUGCACAAAGACCUUUACUAAGAAGAAUGCCCUCCUGAAACACAGCUUCUCCCAUCUUGGUUUGUUGCCUUACACCUGCAUACGAUGCCGCUGCCACUUCCGCCUGGCAAGGCUGUACCGUCGACACAAGUGUGAACCCGAUCGCAUUCACUGUGUGGCGUGUCUGAGAGAGUUUCUCAGUCAGGAGGACUUCCAGCAGCACAAAAAGGACACAGGCUGCUGGGGCAAUCAGGAGCCUAAAGGGGAUGAGAUCAGAUGUUUGGAGUGCGGACAGAGAUUUGACACUUCUGAAGAGCUGAAGAAACAUGCCGGGGCUCACCAGAGGGUGCUGAAAUGUGCUGAAUGUGGAAAGGGUUUCCGGUCGGCCUUGCUGUUAAUGUCCCACAUGGGCGGGCAUGCCGGAAAGUCGCCCUGCCUUUGUCAGAGCUGCGGACUGGGUUUUCCCCACCAGCAGAACUAUGACAGCCACCUUAAGACCUGUGGACAAACACCUCAGCCUGCGAGUGCUCCUAAGAAACGCCAGGCUUCCAGGAGCUCCUCAUCUGAGGCAAAAAAGGUUGAGGCAAAACCAGACUCAUGGAGUCCAACAAACCCAGCCGCUAAGCCUGCUGUGGUUUUAAACAACCCUCCUGCACCUGUGAAGGAUUCUCAUAGUCCAGGACUUGUGACAGGUGUGUCUGCUGGCUCUGGUACAUCAGAUGGAUUAUGGAAGCUAACCCUUGACAAACAGCCGCCUCCCGGUGUUAAUCUUGUCGUGUUUCUUCCCGUCUGUGCAACUCAAACCAACGACCUGACACUCCCAUCUGCGAGCUCCCCGACACUACUAGUUCCAGCUAUGCAGGGCCAGCUUCAAGAGGCUCUCCCACCUAUUUCAAAUGAACACCUGGGAGUGAAUGCCGCUCUCGGAGCGCCACUCAAUGGCCCCCUGAAUUUGGUAACGGGGAUCAAACAGGACCCAGAGUGGGAAGCACCUCUGGAUUUGUCUAAGAAGUGUCACUCAUCUAGGUCUGCUCUGAGGAACAUUCCUCUUUUUCCUAUUAAAAGUGAGCCAGGAGAAUUUGAAAUCUCAGGAGAGGAUAAUGGCACUGAAAGACAAGAAUUUAAAAACGGCUAUAGUAAAGUGAUGGUUAAAACAAAUCCAGGAGAGGCCGAUGCAUAUACUGAAGCGAAGCAGUUUAAAAUGGAUCCCAUGAAUCUCUCCAGUUCCAAUACAACAUCCUCUGGACUUAUAAUAGACAUUAAGAAAGAGCGUCAGUCUCCUGGUCCUGAUUCAGAUCCGUGGUCAUCCAGACCUCUCCAGCUGACAGAGAAAGAAAUUAAGAUGGAGGUUGAUGUUUCACGCCCUGCAGAGCAAUAAACGUAACAUUUUUUAGUGAGGGCAAAAUAAAUAAAGACAAUAAAAUUCCAUUAGUGGAACAAAGAGUGUCUAAAUCCUGUAAAGGACACACCUACUGCUGUACCUGUAGCCACGCAAACAUGGAGGUGUUUCUAAAGCCAGAACGAUAUACUAUUCACUGUAUAUAUUCUGUUAAUCAGUAGUAAUAUGUAGGAUUUUAGUUUCUUCUGUAGUUUAAACAGAACAUUCCAAGCUCUUGCUUAUUAUAGCAUUUCUUUUAUUUACAUUUUGGUUGAAGCUUGUGGCUUAAGCCACCGAAGGAAAAGGGCACUGUAACAGUCUUCAAACCUAUGCAAUAUUGUCCAGGAUUUCCUACAGCAUUAAAACGUGUUCCUGAUUUCUACCUUCAUGUACUUAUUGUGUAGGGAAUUUGAAUGCUUAAGUUUUUGUUUUUUUAUUAAGUUGAAUAAAACACUGGAUUUCUUAGUAUUCAGCUGAAAACUUGAAAUGAUGUGUAUUUUUAUGUAAAGACAAGAAUGUAAAUGGUACUGAUCAAUAAUAUGAAAUGAUGUCACCUUGGGAUUUACGUUUGCUGAAUCUUUACAGUCUGCAGGUAUCUUUUGGUGUUUUUUGUAAAGGCAAAUAAACAGUUGCCCUUGAUGCAAGAUCAAUUAAUAUUUUGUUCAUAUUCUUAUAUUCUUAUUACAAAAUAUUGCCUUGUGUGUCUCUCCUUAAACAGGAAAACUCAAACACAGCUAUACAUCCAAUGAGUCAGGUAAGUAUUUUACUGAAAACGGGCACUGAUAACUUUGAUCCAUUUCUUUGUCAAUUUUAGCAAUUUCUGUGAGACCAUAAUAUGCUGUUGAGAUGCCAUAUUUUUCAAAUCU